AUGACCGAUAUUGACAUGUCAAGGCGGAAUAAGAAGCCUAGGUUAUUGCUCGAGUCCGAGAGAGCGCGACUGGAGGAGUUCAUUGACAGUAUUGGAUAUUCGGCGAGAUAUUCUGACAGCGAAUUCGAAUACCGUCAUGUGCAACUCCCAAAGGCCAUGUUGAAGGUCAUACCAAGAGAGUACUUUGAUGACUCGAAGGGAACGUUGAAAUUGCUAUGGGAAGAGGAAUGGAGAGGACUGGGGAUCACACAGAGUCUAGGAUGGGAGCACUAUGAAGUUCACGAACCCGAACCACAUAUCCUCCUGUUCAAGUAA